CGAACGGCGACUGCUGUCCGACAUGAUUACUUUUCUAUUGCUAAACUGCUAAUGUCAGCAAUGAAAAGAAUCGCAUAACAAGUAUUUCGAGUCAGAAAGUUGCUAUCAAAAUGGAUCUUUUUCCCUUUGAAGAAGAAGAUUUUAAGAAAGUUGCAGAAGAACUGAUCAAAUGUGGUUGUUGUUCAAGAUGCACACUUCGAUAUCUCGGGGCAAAAGACAUGUAUACUUACAGGGGAGACUACAAUGAAAUCACAUGUGUCAUAGACAAGUUUAGAAAACAUAAUAAAUUAGAAUCAAAUGGAAUUGAUACAUCAGAAAGUGACCACAAAUUACCAGCAGAAAGUGAUGCGGUGAAGGAGAAAACAUUAGGCAUCGAGAUAUCCAAUGGUAAAAAUCAGUCACAGGUUGAAGGUAGUUCCAGAAACACCUGUGUGGUAUGUCUUGGGGUGCUGGGACAGUUUGCAGAUGAAACCUUCUUAGACCAGAUAAAGAAGACCAUAGAUGAUGAAGGCUUUCAGUACACAGGUUAUCUGUGUUCGCUGAUGCUUCCUGUGUGCAUUAUCCUCAGAGAGCAUGCCAUAUUACAGCAUAUGAAACAAAAAUUCAAGCAUCUGUAUGAUGACAAGAAAGAUUCUGAUGUUGCCCCAAUCAAAGAUGUGUGGAAGUGGAGAAAUGGUCCUAUUCUUGGCCAAAAACUGAAAGCCCCUUUUGAUGCCAAAAGCUUGUUUGAUAUAACACUCACAUUUGACUAUAAGGAGUCCAAUAGAGAAUGCAGUUUCUUAUUGAGUUCAACUAACAACGAGGCAUUUCGAAAGCGUAAGAAAGAUCGUCGUUACAACAAAAAAUCUGCCGACUCGGUGUACAAUCGAGCUAACGUCGGCAAGGCCAUAGAAGAAAUGAAAGAUGAAGAGUUUAUGAGGAGUUACCAGUGCCCUCCAUUACCACCCCGGUGUGAAAUUACCUGUGAUAUAAAGUGCCAGAAUGAGAACAUCUUUGUAGCAGGCCGCUAUAACAAGUACAGUCGGGAGCUCAGUCAGACCCCCUGGAUCAUAGAGGGCACACGAAGGUCAGAGUCAUCGGUAGAAGAACUGCUUAACGAUCACAUUAGAAAGUUCUUUAGGCAUUCAGAGCAGAAGUUUUCCUCAUCAGGGCGGGAGGAUGUAGAUGUGAGAAUGCUGGGAAAUGGGAGACCAUUUGUGUUGGAGUUGGUGAACCCAAGGUGUCGUAGUUUCACACAGGAACAGAUGAACAAAAUUCAGGAGAGUAUCAAUGCAGCAACGACUGAUAUCCAGUGCAGAGAUCUUCAGAUUGUGACCAAGGAAGAGACGGACAUUUUGAAGCAGGGUGAGAUAGACAAGGUGAAGCUGUAUCGAGCACUCUGUUGGACCAACCAGCCAAUCAGUGACCAGCAGCUUGACCAGCUCUCUAUUUUAAAGGACUUGAAGAUCUUCCAGAAAACACCUGUGAGAGUACUUCAUAGGCGUCCACUAGCUACUCGUGACAAGUUGAUCCACAGCAUGGAGGCUACCAGAGUGGAUGACCUUCAUUUUAACCUUGACCUCUCCACCCAGGCUGGAACCUACAUCAAGGAAUUUGUCCAUGGUGACCUUGGACGCACUCGACCCAACCUGUCCUCUAUCCUCGGGACUGACUGUGAUAUUCUGGAGCUGGAUGUCAUGGCUGUGGAACUGGAUUGGCCUAAGAAGAUACCUGUGGAAUCCGUUAGUCUUAGACCAGAUGAACCAACAACAGAAUGAUUAAACUCAUAACCUGUAUUUUUCAUAACAAACAGCAUGCAAUACUAUGCUGACAAGGAUAUGAACAACCAUCAGCAGAAAUAUAAAAGCUCAUCAUCAAAACCCCCUCUUUAUAUUCCAUUCACUGCACUGUAGCCUGCGAGAGAAAUAACUAUCAGAAUACCAUUGAAAUGAAAUUGAUAACCUGUGCAUUGACUUAUGUGUGUAAUUACAGGAAACAUUUAAACUCUGAUCAAUUGAAGUAUUGAAAUGUAUUUUAGAAGCACUGGAUAAUAUAGAAUAAAAAAAGAUUGCAUUACCUAUAUGCAAUUCUUAUUUCCCCAUGAUUUGAUUGGUUGAAUUUCCAAGCCAUCUUGGACAGAGAAUCAAUGAAAUGCCAGAUAAGUUUUCAGUGACAAAGUUUGGUGGCCAUUUUCCCUACAAAGAAAUAAACUGGGUGCAGAAUCACUAGGGUUUCCCGGGUUUUACACACGGGCUGGGCAGAAUGUAAACACACUGUUAAGAACUUUAUUUUUGCAAAUAUAUCAUGUUAUUGAAAUACAUUUCCAAAAAUCUUCAGUGCAUAGAUGACAGUUUUCCUUGCAGUUUGUGCUGAUAUCUUAAGAUAUAAGAAUAAAUCCUAGAAUAUGCCUUAAAUCAUUGACAAAAUUUCGUUUCGCGUAAAUCAUAACAGUGUACAAUAAAUGCAGUAGAUACCGAUUUUUAUGCUGCCGGAUCGAAUGAUCGGGGUAUAUUGUUUUUGGCCUGUCUGUCAUUCCGUCUGUCAUUCUGUCCCAAAACUUUAACCUUGGUCAGAACUUUUGCAAUAUUGAAGAUAGCAAAUUAAUAUUUGGCAUGCAUGUGUAUCUCAUGGAGCUGCACAUUUUGAGCGGUGAAAGGUCACGGUCAUCCUUCAAGGUCAAUGGUCAAAUAUAUGGCUUCAAAGCGGCGCAGUGGGCGGCAUUAUGUUUCACAAACACAGCAUUUGUUUUAACAAGAACUUGGGAUUACUAAAUAAAGUAAUUCCGAUGUAUUUCACAUUUCCAUAAGCAAAAUUAAAAUUUGUCUUUUGUGAACAAGUUGAAACUCUUAAGAAAAAUAAUUUAAAAAAGUUAUUUGACAUAAAGCACCACUUACCGUCGUAUACAUCCAUAAAAGUUAAAAAGGAGAACCCUACAAAUUCACGCGAUUCUGCACCCUGGUAAAGCAUAUUGGAGAAAACAUGGGUAUCAAGGCAGUAUCAAAACUAUGUCUUGUAAAUUCGAUGAUAUUCAACAUGUUCUAAUGUCCUUCAAAGGAUUUUGCAUGAAAGUUUUAUUGUUUGCUGGCAGCUGAUGACCAAUUUACCAACUGUAAGAAUUAUGAUUGAAUGUGUUCAUCUUUAUGUUUGUCAGGAACCAAAUAUGAAUGGAUACAUGUGAAAUCUUGUUAAAAAUAUCUUAUUAUUUUGAUGAAAAAAAUACUGUCAAAUUUA